ACUAAUUUCAUAACCUCCUUUUGCUAGUAGCUAGGGUUUUAUAUUUCAGAGCAUAGUCCAUACUCCAUAAUCGCCUAUACUCUGUGAGGCAUGGCCAUGGAGACCUCACAGCCUCUGUCCUUACCAACGUCUUCAUGUUGGAGCAACGUAGUCAAAAACCAACCUCCACCGGAAAACAAGCAAAACCCCAAUGCGACAAAUCAACUAUUGGUCGAAAGCUGCAAGUCCACGAUGGGCAUUUCGAUGGCAGUAAUAGAUGCAAACGCCGUAAUCGAAGGUGGAGAAAAGCUCCAUAAAUUGGCCGACAAGUUCGUUACCGUCCCUGAAGUCCUCGCCGAGAUUCGCGAUCCCGUCUCCCGCCACCGCCUUUCUUUCGUUCCCUUCACAAUCGACUCCAUGGAGCCCACCCCUGAAGCUCUCAACAAAGUUGUCAAAUUUGCAAGGGCAACUGGUGACUUGCAGACCCUGUCAGAUGUUGAUCUCAAACUCAUUGCCUUAACUUACACGUUAGAGGCACAGAUCCAUGGAACCAAACAUGUUAGGGAUGCUCCUUCUCCUAUACAUACAGUUAAUGUGAAGAGACUUCCUGAGAAGGACAUGCCCGGGUGGGGUUCUAAUGUUCCCAAUUUGGAAGAAUGGGAGACAUUAGAACAAGAACCUGGUGAUGGAUCAAACACACAUUCAAGGAUACUUCCCUUGAAAGAGAUGAGCUUGAAUGUUAUCCCUGGUGAUGAUCAAUCUGAAGAUGGUUCAAUGGUAGCUGAAAGUGAAACACAUUCUGAGAAACACGAAACUGUUGAACAUGGUUCUAGGAAACAUAGGAGAUAUCCAAAGAAGAAAAAAGAGAUAAGUCUUGAUGGGAAGAAGAUGGUAGCUGAUGGAAUUGAUGCAUCUCAGGGACACUUUGACGAUGAUGCUGGUGAUUGGAUGCCUGCUGUCAGUCGAAGUACUCAUCGAAGAUAUCUUAGAAGGAAAGCUAGGCGUGAAUAUUACGAGGCAUUGUCUGAAAAAGAUAGUCAGCAAGAUCUGGGUAAAAAUAUGGAUAACAACAAUACUAAUGAAACUACCAUCCCAGAUCCACUGUUGCAUCAAAAUCCUGAGACAGUAGAUGCUGGAAAUGGGAUUUCUGAGAAGGGCAAAGAUGAUGAAGAUCUCACUUCAAUCCUAGAGCAAAUGAGGCUGGAAGAAGGUUCAUUGAAUGCUCUUCAAAAUGGGAAAGAAAAGAACAGUACCUUUUCAGGGCUUGAGUUUACUGAUUCCUUGGAAGCUGCUUCUGAAAACGAUGUAAAUUCUGCUCUCAAAGCCAGAGUUGAUAUUGCUAAUGGAGAACUAGAUCACCAGGAGAUCGUAAGCCAGACUAGUGAAAGUAUUGAUGUGUCACAUGUGGAUGAUGAUGCUAGUGAGCAGAGCUGGACGCUUAAAUCUUUAUCAGACUCCAGUGUAGCUUGUGUAACUAGUGACUUUGCAAUGCAGAAUGUUCUUCUACAAAUGGGAUUACGACUACUGGCACCUGGAGGAAUGCAAAUCCGCCAGCUGCACAGGUGGAUACUGAAAUGCCAUGCAUGUUAUACUGUGACUGCUGAAAUUGGGAGAAUGUUCUGUCCCAAGUGUGGAAAUGGUGGCACCUUACGAAAGGUAGCUGUUACAGUUGGCGAGAAUGGAAUUAUUUUGGCAGAUCGUCGGCCACGAAUCACUCUGCGUGGUACAAAAUUUUCAUUGCCUUUACCGCAAGGUGGAAGGGAUGCCAUUGCUAAGAACCUUAUUCUGCGUGAAGAUCAGCUCCCACAAAAAUUCCUUUACCCUAAGACAAAGAAGAAAACGAAUAAAGAGGGAGAUGAUUUCUAUGCUUCGGACAACAUCUUCAACCACCAUACUGAUAAAAGAUCUUCUUUCCGGCCACCAAUAAGGCAGGCAUUAGCAGUUUUCAGUGGAAAGAGGAAUCCCAAUGACAAUCACUACUCCCGUCCAAAGCAUUGAUAGUAGUUUUAUCUCUUUCUUUAAUUUUAUUAUUAUUUUUUUAGUUUAGAGUCGUCCUAAGAUUGUAAAAGCAAUACAUCACUUCUGUGUAGUAUUAGCGGGUGGACCUAAACUGGUGAUAUAUGUAGUUUGCUCAUCAAUGAGCACAAUUUUGGUGUGGCUUUCUGGUGUCUUGUUCCCACAUUGGGUAAUUCAAAUUAAUACAAGCAAAUUCUGCAUGUUUAUGCUAAAGAAGAAACUUGAUCAUUCCUUGCA